AUGGUUCAAAUACAAGUCAAACAAGCCGAGGACGCAUUAUUUCUAUUUGAAACAACAGCGAAAACUCCAAUCUCUGAACUACUUGAAGAGAUAGUUAAGCUAUGUAAUCGACGCCUUCAACUGCUAUCUGUCAUCCAAGAACUGAAGAGAGUCAUUCACACCGGACCAAUGCAGAUAAUUCCAUCUGACAAUGCGGAUGAGGAUGAUGAAGAUGAGGAAGGACAAGAACCUAAAUUGUCACCGCCAGAAGAAAAGGAUCGUGAGUUGCUCGAAAAAGUCGCUGCAAAUUCAGAAGCUGUGGUAUCCAAGGACUUGAUACCAAAAGGACAUGUUUUGACACUAGAGAAACUGAACGAGGCCUUUUCGGAUGUAACGGAAGUGUGUAUGGGUGUGUUUCCAUCUGGAUUGCCGGCUUGGGAGCCCCUACGGAUGGUGUUGGAAGGGAAUAUUUCAGACCUUAAUUUGAAUGGCAAACUGGUCGCAUCAGACACAUCACUCUGGUGGGCUAGUAAAGAACUGCAAGUGGAUAAGAAGCUUUCAGAUUAUGUGGGUGUGAAUGAAAAGACAAAGAUUGUGGCCAAGUUGCAAAAGAAAGGCAGCAGUGCUCCGGUCAAGGAAGCUCCGUUGGAUGAAAUGGGACAGAGAAAUCUCAUGGCUUACUAUUACCGCAAGCAAGAAGAACACAAGAAACUAAUGGAGAAUGAAGAUGACGAGUACCUAUCUUCUACAUGGGCAGACUCGAAAUCGUUGAAAUCUGCAUUUAAUGGGAUGGCGUCGAUCUCACUCGGGCCUCGUAAAUAA